UCUUGUAAAUCAUCUUCUGUGUUCUUCAGUGAUCUGAUUAUGUGAUUGCCACUGCAGGACAACAGUGCUGACAGGGGCACUUAUUACUUCGUUUUUAUUUUACGCAGUGGAAAUUUGGCUGCAGGCUUUGACAGUGACACAAGAUUGUCUCAGAGGUAAGAUGGUGCACCUUGAAAGGAGACCCCCUAAACAAUCUGGAACUUAUCCCACCUUUUCCCUGUACUUGCUGACUUCACAAUGACCUUCCAGUGACCCUGUGGUGUCCUCUGGAGCUCUGUGAUGCUCUCUAAGCAGCCACCAUAGCACACCUCUGAGUGAUGAAGGCCUCUCACAAGCUCCUCAUCCUCUCCCUCCUCUACAGGAGUGUGAUUGUCUCAGGAAAGACUACGGAAGAAAUGUUGGAGGACUGGAACCGCUACAGAAAUGAAUGUCUGCUCCAGAUGAGUGCAGAACCCAGGCCCAAAGGAGUGUUUUGCAGUCGUAUGUUUGACAGAUACGCUUGCUGGUCAGACGGAAAACCCAACUCUACAGUCCAGGUGCCCUGUCCCUGGUACCUGCCUUGGUACAACCGAGUGCAUAGAGGCUUUGUGUUGCGGGAGUGUGGCCCUGAUGGUCAGUGGGCCACCAGCAACUCCAGCCGAACCUGGAGGGACCAUUCACAAUGUGACGCUGAAAACAACCAACAGGAGGAGAAGCAGAUGCUGAUUUUCGCCUACUUCAGAGUCAUGUACACAGUGGGCUACUGUGCUAGUCUGGUCACUCUCUCUCUGGCUCUGAUUAUUCUGCUAUUCUUUAGUAAGCUGCACUGCACCAGAAACUACAUCCACACCAACUUGUUUGCAUCGUUUAUCCUGCGAGCUGUUUCCAUCCUGACCAGAGACGCUCUGCUGAGCAGAAACCCUCCUGAGUUCAGAGACAACAGGGACAUCUACGAAGUCUUUACUAACCAGGAAGUGUCCGGCUGCCGUGUGGCUCAGGUGCUGAUGCAGUACUGUGUGGGAACCAAUUAUUUCUGGCUGCUGGUGGAAGGCUUGUAUCUACACAACCUGCUGGUGCUGGUGUCGUUCUCUGAAAACCGCUACUUCUGUGGAUACCUACUCAUAGGCUGGGGCACUCCAGUGUUAUUCGUCGUUCCUUGGAUUGUUGUGCGUUACCUGUUUGAAAACACAAGGUGCUGGGAGACAAAUGAAAACCCUGCAAACUGGUGGAUCAUUCGCAUCCCCAUCCAGCUCGCCAUUAUGGUGAACUUCUUUUUCUUCAUCCGCAUCAUCCACAUUCUUGUAUCCAAACUGAAAGCCCAUCAGAUGAGAUACACAGACUACAAAUUCAGACUGGCCAAAUCCACCCUGACCCUGAUUCCUCUGCUGGGGAUCCAUGAAGUGGUGUUUGCAGUGUUGACAGAAGAACACGCAGAGGGAGUCCUUCACAAUGUCAACCUCUUUUUCCAGCUCUUCUUCAACUCUUUCCAGGGUUUAUUUGUCGCCAUCCUGUAUUGUUUUGUUAACAAGGAGGUGCAAGCAGAGCUAAAGAAGACAUGGCAGAGGUGGAAGCUGGGGCUGACUAACCUGGAUGACCUGAGAAACACUGGCAGCAACACGCCACAGGUUGGUGCCACCACGUCUUCAAACAGUCAGUCUCCUCACCAGCCAACUGUUCGUUGCCAACAGGUCAACACCUCUGCACUUCCUCACCCUCAGCUUCCCAUUCCUCACCUCUCCAGUCACCAACAAGACCUGCUGGGAAGCAGACACCCGGGAACCCACUGCUACAUCUCUUCUCAUUGACAGAAUGGAGGAGAGAAUGAACAUUGUGAAAGCUACUGCAAAAAAAAUUUUGCAUGGCCUAAAAAAGAAAGACUUAAAGACACUCUUGGGCAUUGACUAAGGCAAAGCAGACAUAGGAUUAUUGUUUUGUUUUUUAAAUGGAUGUAUGGAUUAAAUUUUUUUCAGUGCCAGAA